AUUUUAAUUGGAAAAUACAAUUCUAAAGUUCUAACAUAGCAUUCUUAUUUCAACUUGUAAUUUAAUUGAUAUAUACAUUUUUCUUCAAUCAUUAAUAUUCACUUGAAGAAUAUUAGAGCCUUGUAGUUCAAUCAAAAUCGAAAUAGUGAAUGUCUGUGCUCAAUUCUUCAUUUCUUCUUAAUUAACCCCAAAAAAAUUCAAAAACCCCCAUAACCAGAACAACAACACCAUCUCAAUCUGAAGGUUUGAGGUGGUGAAAAUACAAUGAUUGGGCGCAGAGAAAGAGAAGGACCCUUGAUGAGAAACAACUCUCAUUCUCUACGCAAAUCAAGGAUCGUUACCGCUGUAGUAAUUGGUGUUCUUAUUGGAUGCAUCUUAGCUUUCUUUUUUCCUAAUGGUUUCUUUGUUCCUUCCGCAAAUCGUCAUCUCCCUGUUGCUCGAUCCAAAACCCAGGAAAAAUCAGCUGAAUGUGAAUCCUCUGAUAGGGUCAACAUGUUAAAAUCGGAGUUUGUGGCAGUAUCAGAUAAAAAUGCUGAACUGAAAAAACAGGUGAGGGAGUUGACCGAAAGGCUUCGGCUAGCAGAGCAAGGGAAAGACCAGGCUCAAAAACAGUUUCUUGCAUUGGGUAAACAAGAAAAAGCUGGACCUUUUGGUACUGUCAAGGGAUUAAGAAUCAAUCCUACUGUUGUUCCUGAUGAUUCCGUGAACCCUAGAUUGGCUAAGAUAUUAGAGAAAGUCGCAGUUAAAAGAGAGAUCAUAGUUGCACUUGCAAACUCCAAUGUGAAGGAAAUGCUUGAGGUCUGGUUCACCAAUAUCAAGAGAGUUGGUAUAUCCAAUUAUCUAGUUGUUGCUUUAGACGAAGAGAUUUCCAAGUUCUGUGAAUCAAAUCAAGUCCCAUUUUACAAAAGAGACCCGGAUGAUGGUAUUGAUACUAUUGGAAAACAAGGAGGGAACCAUGCUGUCUCUGGGCUUAAAUUUCGUAUUCUAAGAGAAUUUUUGCAGUUGGGAUACAGUGUUCUUCUAUCAGACGUUGACAUUGUAUAUUUGCAGAAUCCUUUUGAUCAUCUAUACCGUGACUCAGAUGUCGAGUCCAUGAGCGAUGGUCAUAAUAACAUGACAGCUUAUGGCUAUAACGAUGUGUUCGACGAACCUGCAAUGGGUUGGGCUCGAUACGCUCAUACCAUGAGGAUAUGGGUUUACAACUCCGGUUUCUUCUAUAUCAGACCAACCAUUCCUUCAAUUGAGCUUUUAGAUCGUGUCGCAACACGACUUUCCAAGGAAAAUGCAUGGGACCAAGCUGUUUUCAACGAGGAACUCUUUUAUCCGUCGCAUCCUGGUUAUGAUGGGCUUCAUGCCGCUAGAAGAACUAUGGAUAUCUAUCUCUUUAUGAACAGCAAGAUUCUUUUCAAGACAGUUAGGAAUGAUGCUAACCUCAGCAAAUUGAAACCGGUCAUUAUUCACGUGAAUUACCAUCCUGAUAAGCUUCCAAGAAUGAAAGCGAUUGUUGAAUAUUAUGUUAACGGGAAGCAGGAUGCUCUCAAACCUUUUCCUGAUGGCUCAGAUUGGUAACAUUGUUUCUGUGUCUUAGUUGUUCAAAACAGUUUCACAGUACAUUUCAUUAGUGAUAAAGCAUGUGUAGGUAAAAAAAAGUAUUUUUCAUUUUAUGAGCACAUUGACUUAUCUCAUUUUGAGACUAAGUUUUUCCCCUUUCCCUCUUUCUUUAUUUUCUGUGUUUUUUUUUGCACUUGGUCUAGGUUGGUCUCAAUCUUAGAUAAGAUUUCUUCUGUAACAUUUGUUGUAUGCUAAUUUAAAUAUUUUUGGUGUUUUUAUCUCA